AUGAUUUCUCGUGUCUUUUCCCGUUCAUUAGCAUCAGCUGUCAAGUCUACUAAGCCACCAAUCCAAUUGUUUGGUAUUGACGGUACCUAUGCCAAUGCUUUAUACUCAGCAACAAUACAACAAUCCGACAUGGCUCAAACCUACAAGUCUUUAGAGAAGAUCGAAAAUGUUAUCAAGGGAGACCCACAGUUGAAGAACGCUUUAACCAACCCAUCAUUAACCAAGGACGACAGAGUUGCCAUUGCUAAAUCGGUUGCUAGCGACUUGGGUUUGGAUAAAACCACUGCCAACUUCUUGACUGUCUUGGCUGAAAACAACAGAUUGGGUAACUUCUCCAGUGUUUUCCAAAAAUUCGGAUUAUUGAAUGAUGCCUACAAUGGUGUUGUUGAAGCUAAAGUCACCUCAGCCAAGCCAUUGGAAUCAAAAAUUUUAAGGAGAUUACAAACUUCAAUUGGCAAGUCUUCAUUUGUUGGUGAAGGUAAAACUUUGAAAUUGACCAACCAAGUGAACCCAGAAAUCUUGGGUGGUUUAGUUGUUGAAGUUGGUGACAGAACUGUUGAUGUUUCUAUUGCUAACAAAGUUGCUAGAUUAAACCAAACUUUGAGAGACAACUUAUAA